CCGGGCCCUGCUCACGACACGCCGCCCAGUCCCCGGGCCCGGUACUAAAGGCGCGCGUGGGCGAGGCCCCUGUUGUGAGCGCGGCUGUGACGGCGCGUAGGGCCGGUUACGGGCGGGGGAUCUCGGGAAACCUGGGAUCAGUCAUGCGUCUUUAGGGGACAGAGAACUGAGAGGGAGUGGCGCCUGGAAUGGCAGGCUAGCCUCUUAAGGCGGCUGGGAGCCAUUGAGAGUGGUGAACAGAAAAGGCCCCAGCUGACCUAGUCUUCUGAAGGUUUAUCAAAAGCCGCACAGAGGAACAGACUAGAAGGGGAAAUAAUAAGAGGCGCAGGGGUAUUUAGUCCUUGUACAGUGCCAUACAGCUAAUAAAAGUCAGCACUGAGGACCGAGACGCGGAGAUAAUGCAGACAUCCAAGGUGAGCCUGGCUCCGGGCGUGGGCAAGGGAAUAGGGAAGCCCGGAGCCCGUGGUGCGUUUCACGAUCGCCCGUCUCUCAGAACUUCCCUCUUCACACAGAUUAUUACCGGUACAGCGGCACUUACGGACCCUGCAGCGUAUUUAUUCCAGAACUUACUGGUCCUGAUCCUGCUCUUGAACUCUGUAAUUGUGGUCUCCUGGGACUCUUAUCCUUCCAGGCCUUGGGCCUGGGGACCCUGAGCAGAUCCUAAUCUCAAGGUCCUCAGACAGGGUAGGAGUUUUAUAGAGUGGUCCCUCUUGCUGACAGCCAGCGGAAUGAGGUGUGGGGGAAGGAUGCCCCAGGUACACAUGCCUGUGUGCAGGUGCUUGUGGGGGAGACUGAGCCGGUUCGAAGGAACCUUCCCUUCCUUUCUCAUAUGAGCACAGAACCAUGGGGCAGGACUCGUUACUGGGGUGGCUCCCUGAGAGCUUGGUGUGUGUUCUGCUGGUCUCGGGAAUGCUUUGGAGCAGAGGAGGGAGGUGAUCUGACCCAGCUCUUCCCAGGUUUCCUGUGGCUGCAGCAUGGACAGCGGACAGCAGAUCUUGUAUUUUCUCAUUCAGAAGGGCUCUGUGACCUUUGAAGACGUGGCCAUUUACUUCUCCCAGGAGGAGUGGGGGCUCCUUGAUGAGGCACAGCGGUUCCUAUACCAUGACGUGAUGCUGGAGAUCUUUGCACUUACAGCAUCCCUGGAUUGUUGGUGUGGAGCAAAGGAUGAGGUAGCUUCUGAGCAGAGUGUUCCUGUAGAAGAUGCCAGGACUUCCAUGGCAGGUCCAUUGACUGAGAAGACCCAUCCUUGUGAGAAGUGUGUCCCAGUCUUGAAAGAUAUUUUACACCUGACUGAGCUCCAAGCAACAUAUCCUGGACAGAAACCAUACUUGGGUGGGACACGUAGAGGCUUAUGGUUCAGUGCAAACCUUUGCCAGUACCAAAAGUGUGACAGUGGAGAGAAAAUCUUCAAAGUACACAUGGACAGGGCCUCACUUGUGACAAGCUGCAGAUUCCAUGUGUCGGGGAAGCCCUUCACUUGUGUGGAGGGUGCAAAGGACUUUUCAGCUCUAUCAGGCCUUCUGCAGCAUCAGGCCACUCCCAAUGGUGAGAAGCCACAUGGCAGCAUCAAGCAUAGGGAGUCCUUUAACAGUGGGAAAAGUUGUAACAAGUGGGUUGAAUGCAGGAAAGUAUUUAGCAACCCUCACACACUUCACCACCAGAGGGUCUGCACUGGAGAUGGUCUUGAUGAAUGUAGCAACUGUGAAAAAGCCUUCUGCUGCAAAUACGAACUUAUUCAGCACCAGGAAGUUCACACUGGAGCAAGGCCAUAUGAGUGUGGUGAUUGUGGGAAAUUCUUUAGCUACAAAAAAAACCUCACUGAACACAGAAGAGCUCACACUGGAGAAAGGUCUUAUGAGUGUGGUGAAUGUGGGAAAUCGUUUAGGUACAAAGGCUCCCUCCUUCAACACAGGACAGUUCACACUGGAGAAAGCCCUUAUGUGUGUGGUGAAUGUGGGAAAUUGUUUAGCUACAAAAAAACCCUCACUGAACACAGAAGAGUUCACACUGGAGAAAGGCCUUACGAGUGUGGUGAAUGUGGGAAAUUCUUCAGCCUCAAAACCUGCCUCACUCAACACAGGAGAGUUCACACUGGAGAAAGGCCUUAUGAGUGUGGUGAAUGUGGGAAAUUCUUUAGCUACAAAAAAAACCUCACUGAACACAGAAGAGUUCACACUGGAGAAAGGUCUUAUGAGUGUGGUGAAUGUGGGAAAUCGUUUAGGUACAAAGGCUCCCUCCUUCAACACAGGACAGUUCACACUGGAGAAAGCCCUUAUGAGUGUGGUGAAUGUGGGAAAUUAUUUAGCUACAAAAAAACCCUCACUGAACACAGAAGAGUUCACACUGGAGAAAGGUCUUAUGAGUGUGGUGAAUGUGGGAAAUUCUUUAGCUGCAAAUCCUCCCUCACUCGACACAGGAGAGUUCACACUGGAGAAAGGCCUUAUGAGUGUGGUGAAUGUGGGAAAUUCUUUAGGUGCAAAUCCUCCCUCACUCGACACAGGAGAGUUCACACUGGAGAAAGGCCUUAUGAGUGUGCUGAAUGUGGGAAAUUCUUCCGUCAGAAAAAGUCUCUCAUUCAACACAGGAGACUUCACACUGGAGAAAGGCCUUAUCAGUGUGGUGAAUGUGGGAAAUUCUUUAACCGCAAAACCUGUCUCACUCAACACAGGAGAGUUCACACUGGAGAACGGCCUUACAAGUGUGGUGAAUGUGGGAAAUUCUUUAGCCUCAAAACCUGCCUCACUCAACACAGGAGAGUUCACACUGGAGAAAGGCCUUAUGAGUGUGGUGAAUGUGGGAAAUCGUUUAGCUACAAAGCCUCCCUCAUUCAACACAGGAGACUUCAUACUGGAGAAAGGCCUUAUAAGUGUGUUGAAUGUGGGAAAUGUUUCAGAGAGAACUCUGCCCUGGCUCAACACCAAAGAAUUCACACUGGAGCAAGGCCUUAUGAGUGUGCUGAUUGUGGGAAAUUCUUUACCCACAAAAUCAGCCUCACUCUACACAGGAGAGUUCACACUGGAGAAAGGCCUUAUGAGUGUGGUGAAUGUGGGAAAUUCUUUAGGUACAAAACCUCACUCAUUCGACACAGGACAGUUCACACUGGAGAAAGACCUUAUGAGUGUGGUGAAUGUGGAAAAUUCUUUAGGCGCAAAUCCUGCCUCACUGAACACAGGAGAGUUCACACUGGAGAAAGGCCUUAUGAGUGUGGUGAAUGUGGGAAAUUCUUCAGCCGCAAAAAGUGCCUCACUCAACACAGGAGAGUUCACACUGGAGAAAGGCCUUCUGAGUGUGGUGAAUGUGGGAAAUUCUUUAGGUCCAAAGCCUUCCUCAUUCAACACAGGACACUUCAUACUGGAGAAAGUCUUUAUAAGUGUGUUGAAUUUGGGAAAACUUUCACGGAGAAAUCCGUCCUUGUUCAACACCAAGGAAUUCACACUGGAGCAAGGACUUAUGAGUGUGGUGCAUGUGGGAAAUCGUUUAGCUACAAAGCCUCCCUCAUUCGACACAGGACAGUUCACACUGGAGAAAGGCCUUAUCAGUGCAAUGAAUGUGGUAAAUCCUUUAGCCGGAGUUCUACCCUCCUUCAACACAGGAGAGCUCACUUGCAGUAAAUGUGGGAAAUCCUUGAGCUGCAAAUCUGACCUGUCAACACCAAAAAUUCACACUGGAAAAGGCCUUAGAUACUCAAAGAGAAUUUGCUCUUUCCAUAUAAAGUGUAACUGUUGGGAAAAAACACUGUGAGAAGCCACCUGUGUGGGAUUCACAUACAAAGUAUAAAAGUCAUAUGAAUACUUA